AUGAUUUUAAUUAUAUAUGAUGAAUAUCCAUUUUUUAUUAAAACAAUUGUAACCAAAGAAGUAUUACAUGGAGUUUUUCCAAAUAUAUUAACUGAUAUACAAAAAAAAGAAUUAAAAUCAAUAUGUAAUGAAGUUAUGUUUAUAAAUAAUUAUGCGGAUAGUAUUAAAGAAACGCUAUAUGAGUUAUGUAACAAGCAUAAAUAUACUAAAAUAAUUGCUCCAAGAGAAACUGAUUUAUUAUUAGCUGCCGAAUUGCGAGAAAAAUAUGGAAUUAAGGGUCAAACUUUGAAAAGCGCUAUGUGUUUUCGUGAUAAAGUUUUAAUGAAAAGUAUAUUAGAAAAAUCAAAUAUACGAGUUCCAAAAUUUAAAUUAAUUAAAAAUCGUAGAGACAUAGAUGAUUAUCUGACAAAAACUAAAAAUACUUAUCCUGUGGUUAUAAAGCCAACCUUAAUGUCUGGUUCUAGAAACGUAAGUAUAAUAAAGUCAUACAAUGAAAUUCUUGAAUGGUUAAUUAAAUAUGAUUUUGGCAGCAUUGAUUGGGAAAUAGAAGAGUAUAUUUCAGGUGAUUUUUUUCAUGUUGAUGGGUUGGUUCAAAAUGGUAAUAUUAUUUCAAUAUGGCCGUCUAAAUACGUAACACCCUGUGCUGACAUAUCAUAUGACAAAUUAGAUUGUUCUUACAUCAUUUCACAUGAUAAUUUUUUAAUGCGACCAUUAUGUUUAUUUGCUGAAAAAGUUAUAAAAGAAUUACAACUUUAUUCACAAUACAAACUGAGUUCGGCUUUUCAUAUGGAACUCUUUUAUAGCAAUAAUAAAGAAAUUGUAUUUUGCGAAGUAGCAAGUAGAGUCGGAGGUUGCAGAAUACAUGAAAAUUGGAGUAGGGCAUUCAAUAUAGAUUUAUAUGAACAACAUAUUAAUAUGUCAAUGGAUUAUGAAAUUACUGUAGAACAACCAAUUCAACCAAAGUUAUUGGUGGGUACACUGCGAAUUCCAACAAAAUUAGGAACAAUAAUUAGAAUACCUCGUGUGCUGUGUGACGAUGUGAAGGGAAUAGAUGGGUAUAUCUGUUAUAAAUCUACCGGCCGCAUUGAUGAUUUCAAAACAGUAGAUGGAUUUUUGGUAAAUCUUGUUUUUAGUUUUGUUACUGGAAAAGAUGAAAAUGAAUUAUUAGCAAAUUUAAAUAAUUUCAAGAAAUGGUUUUACGAUAAUACUUUAAUUUUAUGA